AUGAUGCCAGAAACACAAACGAAACCGAACUCAGGAGCAUCCUUUAGUGAGCGCAUGUCGAAGUUGAAAAAGAUAUUCCAGUCGAGCAAAUUGGUCGACAGGAAGGAAGUACCCAGCAGUGUCAACUCUUCCACCUAUUUACCUAGGCGCAGCUUUAGCAUUGCCCAAUAUGCAAAAGCAAAUAGUAAUCAAGAAGUACAACUCGACUAUCGUUCAGUUAACGAUGACUCAGAAACUCCAUCGCGUACGAUGCAGCAGCACAUAAUCAAGACAAGACAAUCUACGCCAGCUCUCCAUCAAUCAGGGAAGCAUGAUGAAGAGUCCCGCGACCACACUAUUCGGGAUUUUCAGCUUAUGCCCUUUACUGCUAUUGCUAGCAUUUCCGAACAACAGACUCUAUUACAAAGGCGACUCACUGAUCCGGAUGGCACCAUAACAAACUUUAAGAAACAGUACGACGAUCUGAAACGUCAGUUGAUAGACAAAUGCAAUGAGGUCCGUCAAUUGCAAGACGACAACGAAAUUUUAAAGCGCCAAUGCAGCGAGGCUGCCACUAAAACAUACCAUCCAAAGGUCCAGCUGCCCCUGAACAGGCCUGAGAGCGAACUCAUCAAAGACUGGCAUACUCUGGUCUAUAGCGUCAACAACUUUGUCGACAAUCAUUUCCGUGAUGUUAACUACAAGAGAAUCGCGUCCUGGGCAAAGAUCCAACAAGAUCAUCUUCGUGAAGUCGCUGAGAGACCUCAAGACAUCGUGACAAACCUUGAAUCAGGUCUUGCACUGAUAAAGGCUACCGUGUGGCAUGCGCUCAGAAAGUUCACCUUUGGUGGUGUCGCUUCUGAAGGAGCUAUGUGCUGGGCUGGUCGCUACAAGGGAGAUUUGCGUAGACUCGCCAUCAAACUAGAGGUUGACAACGUUGUCGAAGGUUUUCUCCCUCUAAACUAUCAGUGGAAAACCCUGACAACGAAUAUGAUCUCUAUCUUACAAACUUCUGAACAACGAGGUCAAGAAGUUGAGCAUGUGGUCAUGGACAUCGAUGAUCUCCUUGCUCCAUGCCGCCCACGGAUGCCGAGGUCUAACCACUAUCAUCGAGACCUCCAAACUUUGGUCAGCAAAGCUAUCGAGAUGGAUCUCUUUUUAUCUGGUCAAACGACUGCCUAUUUCAUCAAAUGGCCGAUCAGUGGACAUUUGAAUGUCAAGUUUGACCAAUUUUCCAUGAUGUUGGCUGUGGGAAGCCCACCAGUGUCAAGGAACCUUGUGAGAUUUGUGAUACAGCCAGGUCUCUAUCGAGCGGAUAGACAGGGUGAUAGCUAUAAUAGUUCCAACCUGUUAGACAAAAGCAGAGUUUGGAUGUCAUAA